AUGAACGAUUACUCUUCUUUUAUAGACAAACACAAAAUAAUUAACGCUGAACCCACAGCAUGCUAUGUAUCAGAGUUUAUAACUCCAGAUGAAGAAAAAUACAUAUUAAAUAACAUUUAUGCUGCUCCCAAACCAAAAUGGACUCAGCUGUCCAAUAGAAGAUUACAAAAUUGGGGUGGAAUUCCACAUAACAAAGGAAUGAUAGCCGAAGAUAUAACAGGAUGGCUGCAAACAUAUUUGGAUAAAAUACAUUCACUAAAUUUAAUGGAGGGAAAUAAGCCUAACCAUGUUUUAGUUAAUGAGUAUCUGCCGGAGCAAGGAAUAUUACCUCAUUUAGAUGGAUUCCUAUUUUAUCCCACGAUUACGACUAUAUCUGUUGGAUCUCAUACAGUAUUAAAGUUUUUUGAACCGUCCGAUAAUGAUUCAUUGAAUCAUGUAUUCUCCUUGUUGUUGGAACCGAGAAGUCUAUUGAUAUUGCAAGAUGAAAUGUUCAAACGUUACUUACAUGGCAUAGAAGAAGUAAAUGAAGAUAUUAUAGAUGACUCUAUUGUUAAUAUAAAUAUGUGUUCAGAUCAAUAUGUAAAAGGCACAACGGUAGCUCGUGGAACAAGAGUGUCUUCAGUCUCAGAAGAUUCACUCAAGUGUGGGAAGAAACCUGAUGAAGCUAAGCAGAGCAGUCACAGUAAUGAACAAUCAGACAACAAAAAGGGUUUGGUGCUUGGCGUAUAUGAAGAGGGAGAAAAGUUUGAAUUAACAUCAGUCGCUGAGGAAAUAAACCAGAAGAGUGGCGGCAAGAUAUGCAAGCAUUUGAACGAAAUCUCAUGUCACCUGAAACUUGGCAAAGCAUUCGUGGUGACGGAUAUUUUAGAGGAGUUUGGACCGGUGGCCAUAGCGUCCCUCGGCAAGAAGAGUCCAGGGUACAAUGAAUUGGAGAUGUUGGAUGAAACCAGGGAAAAUCUCCGCGUGGGUGUGGGUGUAGGAGUUCGUGAGUUGGUGAACAGAGGUUGUGAUCGUGUUUACGUGGAUGGAGGAACAGAACCUGACGCUGCUGCUGAGGCCGCUCAUCUUGCUGCUUGGAGGUUUGAGGAGUUCAAAUCGUCAGGGUCGAAGUCUGUCAAGACGGAUGUGUUCCUUCAAGGGUCGGGCGAGGAGCUGUGGAAACGCGGCACGAUAUUCGGCUCCGGACAAAACUGGGCCAGACACCUCACAGACAUGCCUCCAAAUAAGAUGACGCCCGUUGACUUCGCACAGGCGGUGCUAGACAUGUUAUGUCCCCUGGGUGUGCGCGUGACCGCUCACGAUCCUUCCUGGAUUGAAGCCCAGCAUAUGGAGGCGCUCCUCUCCGUGGCCCGCGGUUCCUGUGAGCCGGCCGUGUUCCUCGAGUGCGAGUACCGGGCGGGAGGAAACCGGCCGCCUGUACUGCUGGCCGCCAAGGGGAUCACCUUCGACAGUGGAGGUUUAUGUCUGAAGAAAGCGGAUGAAUUGCGUGAGAACCCGGACAGUCGCGCGGGGGCCGCGGCUACUGUUGGAGCUCUGAAGAUACUCGCUGAGAUGAAGGUGCCUAUUAAUGUAGUGGCCGUGAUCCCGCUGUGUGAGAGUAUGGUCAGCGGCAGCUGUAUGAAGGUUGGAGACGUGUUGAGGGCUCUCAACGGACUUACCAUGCAGGUGGAAUGCACGGCUCAAGCGGGUCGCCUCACUCUAGCAGACGCACUUGUCUAUGGUCAAGCUAAGCAUAGACCAUCGCUUGUUAUAGAUCUUGCAUCAUUAACUAAGGGAGUGCAGCUAGCUACAGGCAGCGCAGCUUUCGGUGUGUUUAGUUCAAGCGGUGAGGCGUGGACAGCGUUGGCUCAAUCCGCGGCUCGAGCUGGUGAUAGAGGCUGGAGACUUCCACUGUGGACCUACUACAGAACUAUGAUUGAUGAUGAUCCUUCCGUGGACUUGAGGAACAGGGGCCCAGGGACGGCUGCUCCGUGUGUGGGAGCCGCUUUUCUUAAGAACUUCGUAUGUGCUCCUUGGCUUCACCUGGACGUGUCGGGUGUGUCCCGGGGCGGGACUCCAUACUUACCCGCGCCCCGGGCCGCCGGUCGACCUGCUAGGACACUCGCUGAAUUCCUUACAGCCGCUGGUACAGCAAGCGCAAAUGUCAAGGACUCUGACUCACCAGCUACAUCUUAA